AACAUACCUUGUGGAUGAAAAUAUUAUUACGCUUGUAAUCACAUAACGCCUCCACCAGCUGGCGUCAAUUCCCCGGAAAAGUUCUUCGGGGACAUGGAGCAAGCCCUCGUCUAUCAGUAUCCAACAAAGAUCAAGGUGCCGCCGGGACUUAAAACAAUUAUUGAAGGCCUCAGCCGAGCUGUUGUGCAGAGACAGCCGGAAAGUUUACCGCACUUUGCCACGCUUUACUUUGCUGAAUUACUGCGUUUUAGAACAGCGCGUUCCAAAGAAGGGAUUCAAGGGCUUGUGAAACAAUUCCAUGAAACCAGAGUGGAUAGACUGCCUAACCGUGGACUGGGUACUAUGAAAGAUGUAAAAACCAAGAAACUAGCGGCGGUGGCAACAGCAGCUUUAUUUACUGUUCAUGCUCAUCAGCUGAAAUCACAGCAGAUUUCAGGCACCAUCCCUGCCAAACUGAAAAAUGAUGACAAAGAACAAAGUGUUAGCAUCCAGGAGAUACUCUCAGAGCCUCCAGCAGCUCCUGUGGAACACCAGAGUCUCUAUUCACCUCCACGUAUCAAACACAAGGCACCCAUGCCUCCAAAGGACAGCAGGCUUAAAAAGGGCGUGGAUCUCACUCAGGAAGUUUCUGCAGGAGCUGCUCCAGAGUCGUCUGAACAGGAAGCAGGAGUGGCCACAAAGCCUUUGGCCAGGAAGAAGAAAGAUAAGUGUAAACUGGUCAAGCCUGAAGUGCCCACUGAUGAGCCUGAUCUGGAUGUGUCCUUGGUCAUAAACUUGGUAAACCCUCUUGAAUCCCUGACACAAGAAGAGACGACUCAUUUGACUCAUUUGUCUGGACCACCUGUUUCGACAGGACCUGAAGCAAAAACCUCUCAUUUGGUUUAUCCCCCUGUUCCAGCAGAAGAAGAGGUUGUGGCUACCGUGCAGCAAACAGUGCCUUUAUCUCAGCAUAGACCAACUGAUGGAAGUUUUGUCGAAGGUUCUGAUUUUCUACUGGAAUUAGAGAGUGAACUUGCAGCUGACCACAGUUCUGCAACAGUGCUGGCCAGUGAUCCUCAGCAGCUCUCUCUCAGUCCUUCUGGUAGGAUGGAGAACCAGGGUGAUUACAAGCUUGUCAGGCCCACAGCUCCAGCUGAAGACCCUCAGUUGUGUGGUGUGACCAAUAUAGAGUGGACCCCACCUGAAAUGGAGGAGGAUGUAAUAUCUGAGCUUAUUGACAAACAAUUGAAAAGGCUUCUGAGUGCGAGACCAAAGAAAGUAAACAAUGUUAAAGUGACGGCUUCCUCCAUAUCACAACAGAAACUGACCUUAUCCAGUGCUCUAAACCAGGAUUCUGAAGGAAAACCCCAAAAUAUUGAUCCAAAGUUGACACAGAUUGAGACGGGACCUAGACAGCUACCAUGUUCCUCCCAGAAAGACUCAGAAUGCAGUGCCAUAGAGGAACCCCAGGUUCCAUCCACACAGGUUGCCCAACAAAUGCUAUAUUGGGCUUUCCCAGUGCCUUAUGUUCUUCUGGCUGGAGGCUAUUUGUCUCAGAAUGCUGACCUUACCAUUGCCCCUGGGACAACAGUGUCCCCCACCACUGAGGAACCACUUCAGCCACUGACUGUGGAAUUGAAACCACCACUGUAUGCCUUCUCCACCACUCCAGGCACAGUUCAGUUUACUCCAUCCGCAGGAAUACCCACCAUGCUUUUCCCAUUUAUGAGGCCCCAAACAUGUGGGUCAUGGCCUGCAGCUCAGCCUCCUUCAGCAGAGACACCAGCUGGUCAGCCUAGGACAGCAGACCACCCACAGCCAUGUCAGGCCUCUCAGAAAACUCCACAAGCCUCACCAGACCAGGGACCCAUGGCAGCCAACCAGAAGUGUUCCACCUGUCCACAAAUGCCCAUCGUAACCCUGGCUCCUAUACCCUGUGCCCUGAGCCCUGUGCCCACUGGGUGCCAACACCCUGCCCAUGAAUCAUGCAGCAACUCCCUCUAGACACUGGAGGAUCCGUCUGGUUUUCCCACUUCCUCAAUCAGGCUUCCAUAAUUAAAUACACUUCAUUGACAACAAAGA